CUUAGUAGCACUAUGAGAAAGAUAGCAAUACUAAUAGUCUUAGCUGCUACAGUUUACAAGUAUUUUGAAAAACAAACAUUUGAUGAAGUUUUGUUUGUGAAAAUAGAAAAUGGUUUGAUCAAAGGUCUAAAAUCAGACGAUGGAAGUUAUUCUAUGUUCCUGGGAAUACCCUACGCUCUAGUCAAUGAAAGUAAUCCGUUCGGGGAUUCUUUGCCAACACUACCAUUUAACGAAAUAUACGAAGCGUUCGACGAUUCUACUGCCUGUCCACAAAAAGAAGAAUUCAAUAAUACUAUCGUUGGAGAGAUGCAAUGUUUGCGAUUAAAUAUUUACGUGCCGAAAUCUUUGAACAACAACUUGCCUGUGUUGAUUUAUUUUUACGGAGGAACAUUUGAAAUCGGUUUUGCAGGACGCUACCUAUAUGGACCAAAAUAUUUGGUCAGACACGAAAUAAUCCUUGUGACAGUAAAUUAUCGGCUCGGCCCUUACGGGUUUCUAUGCACUGAUUCUUCGAAUGCGAUAGGUAAUCAAGGUUUAAAAGAUCAAAAAAAGGCAAUAGUCUGGAUUAGAGAAAAUAUAGGAGUUUUUGGCGGCGAUAAAGAUAGAAUAACAGUUUCGGGGCACAGCUACGGCGCUUCGGGCGUUGAUUUGCUGCUCCAUUCGCUGCAUAUAAAUGAAAAACUGUUUCAUAAGGUUAUAAUACAAAGCGGGACCUCAUAUUUUCCUGAAAUAAUGGCGAAACCUAACAACAGUGUACCCUUUGAACUUGCAAAAAGACUAGGAUUUAAAACAGCACAAUUGGAUUUAGCUAUAGAUUUCUUAUCGAAAGAAAAUUAUAAAGACGUUAUUAAUGCUGCUGUGGAAUUGGAUGUAAAAUUUUAUUGCUGCAAUGAAAAUUAUUUUAGCGGAGCCCAAAAUUUUUUAACUGAUUAUCCAAUAAAUUUAAAUACUCCGAUAGUUGAAGGCAUGUCUAUUUUAAUUGGAAACACUAAUAAUGAACGAGCGCACAAUUAUUAUGGGAAGAAGAACCUAAACUUUGACAUAUUUCAGGAUCAUUUACAAAUAGCUUUCAAUUUUGAUGACGAACAUUUAUUGAAUACAAAAGAAAUUGUGAAGAAACAAUACAUCGGAAAUGAAAAAAAUAUUGAUAUGGUAGAGAAUAACAUUGUACAAUUCUCCUCGGAUUUUUAUUACUACCAUCCAACAAAAAGAAAUGUUUUGAAAUAUAUUGACAAUGGUGCAAAAAAAGUAUAUAAUUACUUAUUUUCGUAUGACGGAAAUAGGAAUUUUUUGAAAAAAACCUUUAAUUUAAAUGGUAGUGGAGCGUUUCAUGCAGACGAAAUUGGAUAUCUAUUUGACAUAUCAUUUAUGGAUAAGACCCUUACAAUUGAAGAUAUGUUAAUUGUUGAUAGAAUUACCACACUUUGGGCAAACUUUGUUAAAUCAGGAAACCCUACACCUGUCCCAACAGAACUACUGCCAAUUAUAUGGAAACCAAUAUCGAAAGACUCCUUUUACACUUUAAAUAUAGAUACAGCAAUGGAGUUGAAAUCUGGAUUUUUCGAAGAUAGAAUGAUUUUUUGGGAUACAUUCUUUGAAAAAUACAAACACUUCGUAAAAGGAUUUCGGUCGAAAAAUGAUUCAGCUUGAAAUUGUACAUUCAUCAUAUUCAUUUACUUAAAAUAAUAGUGUGCGGGUAAUAAUAAUGUAUUCGGUAUAUGAAAUAAAACGCAUUUUGUUUUUU